GGAAGAUUCGAUCAUCCUGGAAAUGAGGUCAUAGCUCGAUGGCUUAGCCAAUGGGAGAGGCCAUAGCCAACUAGAAGAGCUAAUCCUGAGUGGUCUCAAAAUAAUCCAUUUGGAGAAAGGGAUUUUACGAUGUAAACUUGUCAUCACCGAACGUGUAUCGAGACAAGAUGGGGUUUGGGACACCGGAGCAAUUGUGGGUGUGAUGGACGUAAUCAGCUUUGCAACUAUGUACUCGCUUGGUGGCAAAGUCCAUGUCACUAUUCAUUUAAACUCUUCGUUUUAUUCGACGGUCAAAAUUCAUGAAACAGUAGAGAUCGAAGGAAGAUUGACAGGGACCAAAGGAAACAUAAAAGCAGUGAUGGUUAAAAUUAGAAGAGAAGGGAAUAGAGAAGUUAUAGCCAGAGGAAGCUUAUGGAUGGCUCCACUUGCCCUCGGCCUCAAAGACUUGACCCCACUCCACAAAUCAAGCCUUUAAUAAUAUUCAUGUAAUUAUAUGCAUAGUUUACUAAUUCAAAGCAAUGUAUUGAAUGUAUUUCAUUUUCAACACUCAGCUUGAAGGCAUUUAGAGCUAUUGUUGUUUGCUCGUCUUUAAUGGCAGAAAAAAAGUCAUUUUGAUC